AUGGGAUGUACACCUUCCCACAGUGAUAUUGUUAACAGCAUUGCUAAGGGUGGCAUCCAGUUGUUUAAAAAGCCCAAAGCAAUUCCGCCAGGAUGUCAGGGGCCCAGUGAAAGAUGCUCCAUCCCUUUGCUGGUUCAAAACUCCACCUGCCAUGACUCUGGAGGGGGCUUGUCCCAGGCACAGAGGCCAGCAGAAGAGCAGCAAAGUCCCAGGUGGAUCCAAUCCGUGGCAGAAAGUCUUUGUCAGCUCACCAGAGAUCCCACAUCAGGCAAAAGGAAAGACAUGGAAGGACUGAUCCCAGAAACCAAAACCUCCCCAUCCCAGCUGAACAAAUCACAAAGCUACGUGGCUACACACAUUCCGUUCAAGAGGCAGAGUUCCCAUGGAUCACAAGGGGCGGCCUCUUCUGGGGAAGAGAGUGAAGAAAGUAAUACCCAGGAGACUUCCAAAUGGGAAAAGAGGCCAAAAUGUCACAGGGCGAGCAAACAGGGCCAUUACUGCCAAAGCAUCCUUCCAGCCCACGAGUCUGAAGACAAAGUAGACUUCCCUGAGCCCCUGGUGAAGGCCCACCAGCGUGCUUACACUUAUCUGCACACCUGCCUCUCCAAAUACGAAGCAGUUCUGAGCAUCACCCAUUGCGCCACACAGACCCAGGAGCUGCUGCAGCCCAUGGUCAGCUUCCUGUUGCUGUGUUUUGAUGAGGUCAACCAGCUCUUAGGGGAAAUCUCCAAGGAUGGAGAAGAGCUCCUUCAAGAAGUUAAGGAGGAUCUGGCUUGGCCUUUGAAGAAAAGAGAGCCCCAGGAGCAGCCAGAUCUCUUGCAGCAGCUUCUGCAGUACACAGUUAGCAAGCUGCAGGUGCUCAGCGGCACGGUGGUCUCGCUCUCUGACAGCCUCCUGGAGGGCUCCGGCCGCUACUUCCACGGCGCCACGGGCCACCUGGGAAACAAGCUGAGCAAGAAGAGGGGUGCAGAUGAAAGCCUCCUAAGGGUUCUGGGGCACAUGGAGAGCUUAGCGAGUGGCCACAGUGACCCUGAAGUGCAGGGCCUACCCUUGUGCUCUGAGGACAGUGGCAUUGGUGCUGACAAUGAGUCUGUGCAGCUGGCAGACAAGCUGGGCAAGCAAGCCAGCUGGGACUUUGUGCUGGAGCCUGCAGAGUGGAGGCCAACGAUUUCACCCACAGUGGAGGCCAAGCUGUCAAGACAUACCUGGCAACAAAGUCCAUUCUGGAUGGGUUCAGCCAGACCCCAGGACUGCCCGCUCUCAAGGCCUCUUACAGCAAAGGUUCAGCCAGCAGUGCGGGGUGGAUCAGGGAGCCCCCAGCCCUCCAGCACAGGCCCAGAAAAUACUGCCUCCAGGCCUUGGGGGCUGGGCCAAAGUGCCCCGGGUGAUUCCCCUGGGAUCAGGAUCUCCAGGGAAGCACACUUUCCUAAAGGCUCCAGGUUGAUGGACACUCCGCCCCUCAGUGAAGGUGAGGACAGCAGCCCAGAGGAGGAGGAAGACCAAGAGAGUUGCCUGAGUCCGCGUGUGUGGCAGGGAAACGCUUCCCAUGCAAGGCCUCGGUCUUCACCUGCCGGUGCCGAAAGCCCACUUCAGCCACACCCCUGGAGGCUUAGGAGCCCCCAGGACCAGGAAAUGAUUCUGAAGAUGAAGGAAGCAAUCAGUGAAAGGAUCAAGUUUGUCCCCGUGCCCUCUGAGCACCAGGAAUGGGUUGAGGAAGAGGAGAGAACCAUGGUGCCCCCAAGACCGAACACGGCCAGUGACAGCAGGAAGGCCCCCUCAAGGCAGAGGAGGUCCCAAUCUGAGGGGUGUCUGAAGAGCCACGUGGAGGACCCCACCCUCCAGGAGCUGCGGAGGGUCCAGAGAGACCUCAGCCAGAGGCUGGAGGUACUUUGCACCCGGGACACCCAACAGCAGGGGCACAGCCAGAAGCAGGUUCUGCAACCCAGGGCAACAGCGCUGAGGCCCGACCACUGCUGCAACGUCACCCCAAGCAGCACCAUCAGCAAGCUGAAGGCAUCCCUCACCAAGAACUUCAGCAUUUUGCCAAGUCAGAGCACCUUGCAGAAAUGCUGUCCCCGCCCUGAGGGAGAGCAGCCCUGGCAGGGAAAAGCUGAGGGGCUUCCAAAUAUCAUGCCAUCAGGUGAGAGGGCCAGUGAGGCUCCCAGGGCCCAGGACUGGAACAUCAAGAGCUGUCCUACCAGAACAUCGGUCAAGAAACUCAUUGAAACUUUCAGUCCCACUGAGGGUCUAAGGACACUGGGGGAUUCCAAGGACUCUGGGCUGAGCCCCUGCCCCAGGAAGUGGGGGGUCCCCACCAUGCCUCCCAGAUUCCCCAUUUACAGGGGACUUGCCCCUUUGUAUCCAAAGCCUCGAAUUUCUCCAGCAGCAGGUGGAGAACCUCUCAGGAUGGGCCCAGGCUGGAGGCCCUUUGCUCCCACCUUUCCCCCUCUGCUCACAGCAGAAGCAUCCAAGAGUGAGGACCUCAACUGUGAAACAGAGGAGAACCCAGAGCAUCUCCCUCCACCGCCUCUGGAAAUCCUGAUGGACAAAUCAUUCACUUCCCUGGAGCCCCCAGAAAGCAGCAAUCUAGCAGAGAGCUCCCUUGAAGGGACCCACGUGCCAGGGCUGGGAGGGGCUGGCCCCGCCCGGAGAACGUGGGCUUCCCCAAAGCUAAGAGCCGCCAUGAGCCCCUCUGACCUGCUGCCCAGCAAGACCACGGCCACCCACGCCAGGGCCCGCAGCGCAGGACCAGGGAGCAGCAAGAGCAGCUACAAUCCCAGAAAGCUCGCCUUGGACCUCAGCCACCCGCCAGCAGCCAGCGGAAAGCCAGAGGUGCAGGGCAGCAGGGCUCAGAGUCAGGCACGAGCGGACAGGGCCACAGGCCUCUCCAGGCAUCCCCCGAAGGUCAUCCGCUGGCACCACUCCAGCCACACGUCCGGGCAGGACAGGACCUCAGAACCCAGCCUGGCCAGGCCAAUGCGAGGGCCACAUUCUCCCGAGGCCCCAAGGCAGAACCAAGAUAGAAGCCCUGCACUGGUCAGGAAGGCCUCUCCCACAAGGGCACACUGGACGCCCAGAGUGGACAAGAGGCACUCAAGCCUGCCCUCCACUCACAGACCUGCCCAGCCAAGUGUGCCCUGUGUGCACAGAUCCCCCAGCCCACCGCUCAGCCCUCCAGCGAGCCCCAGGGUGCUAAGCCCCCCAACAGUGAAGAAACGAGCUUCCCCUCCCCCCCAGCACAAACUGUCCACCCCUCCCUCGGCAAGCCCACCCGCUCAGCACAAGGUCUCCAGCCCCCCUGCCCAGUGCACAGAAGCCAGUUCCCCUGCCUCUGGCCCCUCCCCAUCUCCCCCAGCGUCUCCCAGUCAGGGGCCCAAGGAAACAAGAGAUUCUGAAGACAGUCGGGCAGCCACGGCCAAAGCAUCUGGGAACACAUGUUCCAUUUUCUGUCCAGCCACCUCCUCUCUGUUUGAAGCUAAGUCACCAUUCUCAACGGUACCUCAACUCACCCCACCAUCGCUGCCACCUGAAGCUGGGGCUCCUUGUGGGACCCUGACAGGAUGCUGGAGGAGCAGCUCAGGGCCACGACUGAGGGCGGACUCACAGCGAGGGACAGUUCUGUGUGCCCUCAACCCUCAGCCUUUCAUCAGAAGGACAGCUUCUGACUGCCGGCCGGGCAUUCACCUUCACCUGCCUGUCCCGGGCACCACCAGCGACGCUUGUGAAUCCCAGCUUGGCCAGAGCAGCAGCAGCGAGGAGAGCCCCAAGGACACGGAGCCAUGGAACAGUCCCUGGGCCCCAGAACCAAAGGGCGGCAGCAGGGGCGCACUGCCCCCAGAGCUCUGCGUGCUGGGCCACGGGCUGCAGCGGGAGGCCAGCGCCAGCCACGCCCAGGACAAGCGCCAGCAGAAGGAAGUGGCCUGA